AUUUUUCGGUACAGAGGGGAGUCAAUUCUCGGGGGACAAAGAGCUCGCCAAACGUUGGCUUCGUCUGCUGCUCCCGAAAGGAAUGAAAGCGUCGGUGGUAACCAAAGGAGUGGUAACCGAGGGAUUCGUAACCGAAUCUAUGAAUCCAAUGGUAAAUUUUAUUUUCCGAACGGAAAGGAAGCCCCUAUUCGAUAUCUUAGGGAUUUUCGCCACCGCGCACGGCAACGGAAAGCCGCACAGCAACGGAAAGCCGCACAGCAACGGAAAGCCGCACUUGGGCAACACCAGCCGGCCAACCAGGCCAGCGGUGAGCCGGCCAACCUUGCCAGCGGUGAGCCGGCCAACCAGGCCAGCGGUGAGCCGGCCAACCAGGCCAGCGGUGAGCCGGCCAACCAGGCCAGCGGUGAGCCGGCCAACCACGCCAGCGAUGAGCCGGCCAACCUGGCCAGCGAUGAGCCGUCCUGCGAUCAGCAGCCAGCGCCGAACGCCUGAUUCAAUCGGCCGAUUUGACUUGCACCUUUCUAGGAACCUAAUUUGCAGCCGUCCAUGUCCAUGUUGAUCCAGGAUCCCAAAAUAAACUACAAAUAAUGCAAC